GAUGGAUGCAGGGAUGGAUGCAGGGAGGGAUACGGGGAAGGAGGGAGGGAGUGGUGGCUCUGCCGCCUUCCCCCGCGCCUCUCCCCGCCCGGGACCCCCGCUCGCCGCCCGGUUUGUGUCCGGCAGCGUGAGGCGCGCCCCCGGCCCGCCCGAGGCGGAGCGCGGUGCCCUGAGGCUCUCCGGCCUCGUGGAGCACCGGCACGGGCAGGGCUGUGCCGGCGGGAUCCGACACGGGAGCGCCGGGACCGGGGGCUUCCGGGACCGCAUGGCGCCGCGGGGGGAGCCCGGGAGCUGCUGGGACGGGCCGGGGUGUUCGGCAUCCCGGGAGGCGGCGGGGAUCCCGGGGUACAGCGGGGAUCCCGGGGUACAGUGGGGAUCCCGGAGGUGCAGCGGGGAUCCCGGGAGGCGGCGGGGAUCCCGGGGGUCCAGCGGGGAUCCCGGGGGUCCAGCAGGGAUCCCGGAGGUGCAGCGGGGAUCCCGGAGAUAUAGCGGGGAUCCCGGGGUCCAGCGGAGAUCCCGUGGUCCAGCGGGGAUCCUGGAGGUGCAGCGGGGAUCCCGGAGGUGCGGCGAGGAUCCCGGGGGUCCAGCGGGGAUCCCGGGGGUACAGUGGGGAUCCCGGGGUACAGCGGAGAUCCCGUGGUCCAGCGGGGAUCCUGGAGGUGCAGCGGGGAUCCCGGAGGUCCGGCGGGGAUCCCGGGGGUCCAGCGGGGAUCCCGGAGGUCCGGCGGGGAUCCCGGGGGUCCAGCGGGGAUCCCGGAGGUGCGGCGGGGAUCCCGGAGGUCCGGCGGGGAUCCCGGGGGUACAGUGGGGAUCCCGGGGUACAGCGGGGAUCGCGGGGUACAGUGGGGAUCCCGGAGGUGCAGCGGGGAUCCCGGGAUGUGGCGGGGAUCCUGGAGGUGCAGUGGGGAUCCCGGGGUACAGCGGGGAUCCCGGGGUACAGCGGGGAUCCCGGGGUCCAGCGGGGAUCCCGGAGGUCCGGCGGGGAUCCCGGGGUCCAGCGGGGAUCCCGGAGGUGCGGCGGGGAUCCCGGAGGUGCAGCGGGGAUCCCGGGGGUCCGGCGGGGAUGCUGGAGGUGCAGCGGGGAUCCCGGGGUACAGCGGGGAUCCCGGAGGUGCAGCGGGGAUCCCGGGGUACAGCGGGGAUCCCGGAGGUGCAGCGGGGAUCCCGGAGGUGCAGCGGGGAUCCCGGAGGGGGAUGUGCCAGGGCUGAUUCUCUGUCCGGAUCCGACCUGGCAGCCAUGUCUCUUUUUGGAGGAGAUCCGUCCCGCGUCAAGCUGGGUCUUGGAACCUUUGGACAGCAGGUGCUGCCUAAUCGUAAAAGAGGAGUUGAUCCCUGUGAGGUGUGGUGCAGUCAGCCCGUGGAAAAAUUAAAGGAAUAUUGCAACGUGAUGAAAAUCAGGAUGUUUUGGUCUCUGCUCUUCACCAAGGAGAGCACUUCCUUCGUGGGUGAGUAUGGUUGGCGGCUCCUGGGCUUUACCAUGAGUGCAAUCCACGAGUUCAAUAUUCUGGAAGACUUUGCUGAUUUAAUUAAAAAAGUUGUUAACGUCCCAUAUUUCAUCAGUGGCAUCCUGAGGAUCGGCAGUGACAUAGAAAAUGACAUCUUCGACUUUGAAGAGGCCGUGGACUGGGUGAAGUGUGUGGGGGAUGCCAGGGUCCUGCAGAUCAUGGAGCAGUUCGACUGUGGCAGGGGCAAACUUCCACUGCUUUUUGCUGACUGGAAACGUUUCAUCACCAAAGUGGCACUGGAAAAUUGUGAUUUAGUGGCAGAAUUGAACGGUGUGAUCUGUGAGAGCUCCAGGAAGAAAAGUGAAGCCAUGAAACAGAAAGGAAAUGCUGAAUUUUCCCAAGGAGCCCUGGCCUGUGCCAUCCUGUCAUACACCAAAGCCAUCGAGCUUUGCCCUAUAAACCACCUGCUGUAUGGGAACCGAGCUCUGUGUUUCAUUCACACCGGGCAGUACGAGAAGGCUGUAAUGGAUGGAAAAAGAGCCAUAAUCCUCAGGCCUGACUGGCCAAAGGGUCACUACCACUACUGCAGGGCGCUGGCCCUGCUGGGCAGGGCUGACCUGGCCCUGGAGGCCAACGAGAGAGCCCAGCAGCUGUGCCAGGACGGCCCCGAGGGGCUCAGGGAGCUCGUCCAGCAGAGGGACAAACUCAGGAAGAGCCUGCAAGAGGAAACUCCUGAUGCUAAACAUAAACAGAAGGGAGAGAAGCCUCCGCUUGAGAAGAAGGGCUACCCUGCUCCCAGAGCCCCCUUGCGGCCCCCGCAGGAGCCGAAGGCAGCGGAGCGGGAGCGCAGGAGAGGCCAGGCCCAGCCCGGAGCCGGCCCCGGGCCCGCGGCCCCGCCCGCCAAGCAGGUGACUCAGCCCCAGAGAGCAGAAGGCAAAGUUUCCACGCCGGAGCAGCCUCCAAACCAAAGUCAGCAAAACAAACGAAAGCCAAAAACCAAAAGUUGUGACUGUGAAAAGAUGAGGGAUAAUGUGGAUUUGAAGAAGGACUCUAAAGCCACGGAGGAUGAAAGUUUCUGUGCUGUGCCACAGGUGGAUCAUGUGGAUUUCAUUCCAAAUGUAGAAGCCCUUGGGCAGGUGAUUAAGGAAGCCAUGCUGGACAAGGAUAAACCCAUUAUACUGCCCCUGAUGAGAGCCUUGAACAAUCCAAAAUGCCCGGUGGAUUUCAACUCUCUGUCAGACGAUGUGAAGGGCCUGGCUCGGGAUGGCUGCAGAGCCCUGCUGGAGCAGCAGUGCCACGGGGCUGAGCGAGCCUUUUCCCAGCUCCUCAGCAUCCUCUACAGCCCAGGAUUUUCGUAUGUGAAUCUUCUUAAUAUUAAUUAUGUUAUAUUUCUCUAUGGACAUGCCACUGCCCUCCUGGGAAUGGGAAAUCCUGAGGCAUUGGCAAAAGCUGAACUUCAAUUUAAGAAAAUAAUGGAGGAAUAUCCAGAAGAAAGUUGUUUUUGUUUGGCACACUAUGGAAUUGGAAGGGUUUACCUCAGGCAAAACAGGUUUGUCCACGCCCUGGACCAGUUCCUGAGGUCGAAGCUGAUGAUUGAUUUCAAGAUUGUCCCUGGAGUUCUGAUGUGGCCGGGCACGACUCAGGUCAUCGAGGAGACGCGCACGGAGCAUUUACAGAUGGCUUUAAGGAAUUAUAUUGAGGAAUGUAUAUUCCCUCCAGAGCCGGAUGCUGUUUGUCGAUAUCACCUGUGCCAUGGCUACUCCAAAAUCCAAAUAUAUUUUACAGACCCAGACUUUAAGGGUUUUAUACGUGUUAUUUGCUGUCAGCAGUGCAGGGUGGAGUUCCACAUCAGCUGCUGGAAAAAGCUGAAAACAGCAAGCUACAGUGAUAAAAAUGAUAAGGAUUUCCUUAAGGAAAUGUGUUUUACUCCUGAUUGUAAAGGCCUUAUUUCAAAAAUAGUUAUUUUCAGUUCUUCUGGGCUGGUAAAAUGUGAGUUUGAACAAAAAAUCCCAAAACCCAAGGAACCACCAAGGCCUUGUAUAAAACAGAAAAGUUCAAGUCUUAGGAAGAUAAAAAUGAAGCAAGAAAAAAAACUGCGGCGAAAACGAGCACGAGAAGAGGCCCGGAAUUCUGCCAGGAAAAAAGCUGAGGAAAACCAGGAGGGGAAUGAACAAUCCCAGUACAGUCAGCACAGGGGCUGUGGGCAGGAUCUGUGUGCAGGGGACCAGGUCCUGCAGCACCUGCGGCGCAAUUCGGAGCGGAUCAAAGGCGCCGUCCCCGACCCCGCCGUGUUCCUGAGGGAGCUGCUGGCCUGGGGGGUGAUCACAGAGCAGGAAUUCACCUCCUAUUCCCAAAUCAGCUCCUCCCAGGAGGUGCUGGAGCAGCUCCUCAGCUCCUUAAUCCAGGCAAAGUCCCGAGUGCGCACCCGCGGCUUCCUGCACGUGCUGAGCCAGCUGGGACAGGUGGAGCCCAAAGUGCACAAGUGGCUGCAGCGCCUGGAUAACCUGGGUCUUACAGCUACAAAAAACUUCCUCCUUCAAUAUGGCAAAGUUCUACAAGAGCUUGACCUUUCUAUUUUAACCCCAGUGUGGAACCAGAAGUAUGGCAGUAAAUUUGAUUGUGUGGCAGCCGAUGGUGAAAAGCAAGAAAUUUGUGAUUAUUUCCUCACCCCUCCCCUAGAGAAAUCCCGUUGUUUUAUAUGGCUUUUGGAAGAAAACAGAGAACAUUUUCCUGGCCUCCAUCAAGCUUUAGAUGAAUUCUUUGAUAAAAUGGGUGACCCAACCAUUAUAUUAAAGAAGCAGGGAAAUGAAAAUUUAUCAAAUAAUGAAAUCAAAGUUAAAAACAAAAACAGGAAGAAGAAUUGGAAAGAUUCAAAGUCUAUUUUAGUAUUAUCCAGUGGAGUUAGUACAGCACCACGAGAAGAAGAGAAGAUAUUUAUAGAAGAAAAUAAUUUGUACAGAGAUUUUCCAAAUGAACCCUUUGCAAUCCCAGAAUAUCUCCAGGAUCAACUGGAGGAAUUCGAAGCUCUCUAUAAUGUUUCAAAUAGUAACAAUUACCAAAUGAAUAAUAAUAAUAAUACUCCAGAUCCCAUCUGUGAGAAUUUAUAUGAAUAUUUCUCUCAGAUCUUGGAAGAACAUGGCCCUCUGGAAAUUAAUAAUAAAUUACUGGUUGGGGAAUAUGAAAAUUUCCCUGAGGAAACGCGGAAGGUGGUGGAAGACGAGGGCGGGCUGGAGCCUUUCCUGCUGAAAUCCCCGCGGUUCAUUCUGGUGGAUAACCUGAUUGGACUGAAGAAGCACUCGGUGCUUUUUGAAGGAAAUUCUGGCACGAAUGAGAGGAAUAAAGAAGAAAAUGAUGAAGCCAGGCAGUUCCAGGGGAAUUCCUCGCACACCAAGGUGCCCCUCAAUCCCUACGCGCAGGAGUUCCGGCCUCUCUCGUACCCUGUGGAGGGCCCUGGAGCAGAUUUAACAGAUUAUGAGGCUCCAGAAUAUUUGCCCUGCUCCUUCCCUGCCCCCUGCACGCCUGGGAAUGUUCUGGAAGGUGACGCUGGCGAUGCCAUGGCAGACCAGGCUCCAUUUUCAGGCGUUCUUCUGGCGGGCUUUGAGCCGGCGCUGUUCCUGCCCCAGAGCUCCUGGGGGUAUCAGUAUGGAAUAUUGCCCCUGGCACAGCCCAUCCUGGCACAGCCCGGCCUGGCACAGCCUGCCCUGGCACAGCCUGGCCUGGCACAGCCUGGCCUGGCACAGCCUGCCCUGCCCUGUGCUGCCCCUGCAGCUCCUCAGCAUCCCUGGGAAUCGGCACCUCCACAUGGAAAAUGCAGCCCUGAGGGGUUUGUGCCAGGUGAACCCCAGGAGAGCCAAAGCCUCAGGGGCCUGGAGAAGGAGGAUCCUGCUGGCCCAAAUGGCUCGGAUGAAGCUGAGGGUGGCAAAUGGGCUGAAAAGGAAAAAGGAAGGAGAAAUGAAGCUGGGAUGAAGAGCAAUCCCCACAGCAGGAUGGUGGCGGUUCAGGUAAAUCAGGAAGUUGCUCAUAGGGAAACCAAUACUUUGCCUUUCCAGCCAUUUGAAAAUCAACAAGGCGAUAUUCUCCGCAUGGAGAAGGAACACCAGGUAUUGAAAGAGCAGCUCAGAGAGGCAGAGGAGAAAUAUGAGCAGCUCCAGAGCAGGAGCUCGGAGGAAAUCUGUGCUUUGGAAGGGCUCCUGAAAAAAAGGAUUGAAGAGACUGAGGUGUCCCAGAAUGAGCUGGAUUGGUUCCACCAAGACUCAGAAGCGCAGAUGAAGAAAUGGCAGCAGGAGAAGAAGGAAAAUCGAGAGAACUUGAAAGCCCUGAAGGGCACAGCUAAAAAACACUCAGACACCAAUGAGAGGUAUUUGAAGACCAUUGAAGAGAAGGAAAAGCAAUAUAAUGCGUGUUUAAAUACAUUUCUGGAGACCAGUAAUAAAUUUGCUCAUGAGAAAGGCAAAUUGGAAGACCUGAUAAAAAAGAGUCAAGGUGACAGCCAGGAGUGUGAGAAAAGAGCUGUGAAAGCAGAGGUCUCAGUGCUCCAGACCUGGAAGGAAACUGAAAUCUGGAAGCUCAAGGGCACCAUUGCCAAGGCAGAGGGAAAUCUCAGGGUUCUGAAGGCACUGAGCAGCAGCUCAGCCCCAGCAGCUCCUGUGUUGAAGUCCCAGAUUGAUUCCUGGGAAAUAUUUAUUUCAAAUGUCAAGAAACAACUGGAAAAAGUCGAGGCUGAGUACGAAGAGAAAAUCGAGCAGGUGACAAAGGGUGCCCGGAACUGCCUGAGCAAAGUGGAAAUUGUGGAUUUUGCUUGUCCCCAGGGAUUUGCUGCAAUACCGGGCCGAGUCCCCUCGUGUGACCCUGCCAUUGUCACCCGUGCCCUCCCUGCCUUCUCUGAAGGGAAAGCUCCGGCCCAGCCUGUCCCAGCUCAGAGCGGAGCCCAGGCAGCGCCUGCCCCCUCCGAGGCAGCUCCUGCUGCUGGGAAAGCGCCUGCCAAGGCUCCAGAGGGAUCCCAAUCCCGCCAGCCCUCGCCAUCCUGCCCUGCAGGGAUCCCUGCAAGUGACUCCCAGCCCGUCCAGAGCCACCAGGAUCCCUCAGCUCUGCAACCGAGACCGCCUGGAAUUCCAAACAACACAAAGCUCCAAAACACCAUUGGAAAUAUUUUAGCCCAGCUCCAGAAUAUAUUCCCAAGCCACAGCAGCUCGGAGCUCCUGGCCUUCAUCAAGGAGGUGCAGAGGAGGAACGGGAACACCGUGGCCGGCCUGAGCCCGGAUGAAAUCCUCAACCGGGCCACGGAGCUCAUCCUGGACCGGCAGCUCAAGGCAGCAGCGGGCAGAGCCGGGCUCCCCCCGCGGAGCCGGGACCCGCCCGCGGCAGGAACCGCCCCCGGCUCCCCCCGGGCAGCCCCGAAAAUCCCCGGCAGCAAAAACCCCUCCCAGCCCAACCUGCAGCCCUGGGGCAACGCUGGAGCUGUUCCCAAAGCCAAGUGGAAAAAGCAGGACAGUGUCUCCAGUGAGGAUCCCUGCUCCAUCUGUCACGAUGAGCUGAGCAGAGACUCCUGUGAGCUCGAGUGUGGCCACCACUUUCACAGAGAGGUGAGUUCUGCUCUUGUUCCUCACCUCCCCCUCCUCAGAACAAGCCCUUUACCCCCCCCUUACCCUUCAGUGCUUGAACAACAGGGCACAGUUUCCUUUUCCAGCCUCUGCCCCCCAAGCUUGACAGAAAACCUCAGGUAUUUUUAAAUGAUUAAAUGAUUCAUCAGAGUGGGUUUCAGAUGGUUCUGCAGAGAAUGGGUUUGGUUGGGAUUGCUGGCAGCACACUCAGGCAAUGGGUUAUCCCUGAAAACUCUGUUUGCCUCCUGAGAGUGGAAAUCCAUGAAGUAAAAAAGCCAGAAUUAUGUUGGAGUAACUCCACAUUUCUGUGACUUUCCCCUUUUGUUUUAACACCGAUUUGUUCUCUCAGAAUAACUUCAAUUAGAGCAGCAGAACACUUCUCCACCCCCAAAUUUCCGUGGUGUAGACCUUGUGGAGAGUUUCCCCAUUGUCCUAAGAGAUUUGCAGCCCCCAGCAGGCUGCCCUGGCCAGGCUGUGCCCGUCACGCUGUCCCUGUGCCCGCAGUGCAUCCGGCUGUGGCUCAAGCAGCAUUCCAGCACCUGCCCCAUGUGCCGUGGGCACGCGCUGCUGCCCGAGGACUUCCCCGAGCUGCCUGCCUGGAACAAGAACGGCUGAACCUGCUCCUGCUGCUGCUCUCUGAAAUUCAAGAUGUAAAAGGGGCUGCAGCACUCACCCGGUGCUGGGGGACGGGACAGAGCCCUGGGCUCAUUGGCCAUGGGGGUUUGACUGCAAGAUUCAGAUUUCUCCUGGUUCCUGCCUAAAGCUGUGGAAUUCGGGGCUGGCAGCACACAAAACUGCUGGAUUUUUGGGUUAAGGGACACUGAAAGUACCGAAUUCUUUUAUCUGAAAGGCGUAAUUCCUGUAAGAGGGGGCUUUUCCUUCAGAUUUAUCCCAAUAUCAAACAAGUAGGUGUGACCCAGAAUUGGAAACCAAGACAUUCCCUUCCUGUGGCACCAACAAUUCAGGAUUCAAGCCUUGUGUGGUCUUUGCAGCUCCUCUCUGCAUAAAUCCACAGCUGAGAGUUCAGAUUGUUGAAAUAACAACUUUUAGUCACAUUUUGAAUUAAGAAUUUUAAAUUCUUCACAUGGGUCAAUUCUUUAAUCUCAAAAUAGGGUUGAAAUUUGAAUUUCCCCCCUUGAUAAAGAGCUGGUCUGUUUAAAUAGGAAGGAUUUUUAUAGGAUUUUUUAAAAGGAUUUUAAGUGACACUUCCUCUGUUGUGCAGGAAUGGUCACCAGUAAUGAGAGGGGCAGAAUUCCAACAGCCCAGGGAAUUGUUCUCCCACUGUUUUCCAAGUGUGAAGUGGCCAGAGCGCCUUCAACACUGACAGAUUUGUCCCAAAAAGCCCAAAAAGUGAGGAGCAGGGCCUGGGAAUCUGAAAGUGAAACUCAAAUGUUGUGUUGUCUCAAUCCAGGGAGCAUCACAUGGAUUAGGAGCUCUUGGCUAAUUCCAGGGAUCACUUGUUCCCCACACUGCUACAUCUCCUGCAGCUCAAGUUUUAAACUCCUCUCUCAUUAAUCUCUGUGUUAAUCACCAGUUGAGUAAAAAAUAAAGUUACUGCUACAGCCAAA